AUGGCGGAUGGUAAGGAGGUCUUGGCCAGAAUUCCCAACCCGAACGCCGGUCAUCCUCAUUAUGUUGUUGCUAGUGAAGUAGCAACUCUUGAUUUCUUGCGAGCCAGUCUCGAGAUACCUGUUCCCCAGGUUCUCUCGUGGAGUUCUUCGUCACAAACUAACCCAGUUGCUGCGGAAUAUAUCAUCAUGGAAAAGGCACAGGGGCAGCAACUCAGCGAGGUCUGGGAUAAUAUGUCUGAGGCUCAACGCUUCCGCCUGGUGAGGAACCUGGUGCAUAUUGAACGCAGAUUGAUGAAAGCGAAAUUUACCCUACAUGGCAGCUUGUAUUAUCGGGAAACAUUCCCGCAGGGAAGGAGCAUUGCUGCUCUACCAGGCCUAGAUGAUGAUAUCCGAUCCAAAUAUGUAAUCGGCCCGACAACUCAUCGGUCCUUCUGGGAAGAAGAAGUGGAAAAUCUAGAUAUUAACAGAGGCCCCUGGGAAUCGGCCAUGGGGUAUCUUUCUGCCGUUGCAAACCGUGAGAUUGUUCGUAUACGGCAUGGACACAGCAACAGCAACCAUACCACUGUACCUUUGGGGAUGACACCAAAGCGACGAAAAGAACAUGUACAGCUCCUUGAGAAAUUCCUAGCUGUGCUCCCUCACAUACUACCGUCAGAUAGCACCCAUUCCCCUGUCCUGCUGCACCAUGACCUUCAUGUGGAUAACAUAUUUGUCGACGGACAUGAUCCAACUCAGAUCACAAGCAUAAUUGAUUGGCAAGCAGUACACAUAGCGCCCCUAUUCCUCACGGCGAAAUUCCCCUCGAUAUUCAAUUGUGAUGACGAUUAUAUAUGGGGUGCUCUCCAGCCUAAACUACCUACAGCUUUUGACGUGCUCUCGACCAUCGAAAAGAAAGAAGCCGAAUAG